AUGUCAUACAUUCACCAAACGCAGUCCUCCAACAAGGACACCGAGUACAUGUCCGCGAAAGGACACUCAGGCAUUGGCUCGGAUAGUGCGCAUCACAGCCUAGCCUCAGAGCGUAUGCAAGCUCUACAGAACCCAAUCUCUGCGACUCAAGCCACAGAUUCUAGCAUGCGUGGUCCUGGAGAUGGUGGUGGAACUGGCAAUCGAGCACCUCCCAAUUCAGCGCAGAGCCAGGAUACGCUUGGGUCGUUUAUAGUUGAGAGUCCUGAAAGUAACGAGGCCGAUUUGGAGUACAAUCCCUCGGCAGACCAUGUCUUGGAUUCGGAGACCAUCUCCACCUCCACCUCCAGAAUGCGCCAGUUCACCUUCGCACCCGGCUACCAACGCCUCGACGUCGCCGACCCCGAGCAAGCAGAGGAAGACGACAGCCUACCCAUGCAAGACAGAGUAUCCUCCGAUCAUGGAAACCCACAGGCAUCCGCCUCGUCUACCGACGCUGCUGCUGGUGUGAGCGGCGCUAGCCGUUACGACACUUACGCAGCGGACCUCGAAGGACCGUAUAUGGAUGAGACGGAGAACGUACCUAGAGGUCCUGGAACAGGGGCGAAGUAUGGGGUGAAGAAAGGGGAGUAUGACUUCUCCAGUGAGGAGUUUGAUGAUCUCUAG